AUGGCAGCUACACUGAGCAUUCAAGGAUCAUGCAUCAUCAGAAAUUCCUCCAAUGCCCAGACUGAGCAGCAGGUAAAGAAGGUCUUUUUACAGAUACCCAUUUCAAGAAGAUCUGUUAUUCUCAUCUCUGUGUUGCCCCUUAGCCUCAAUUUGGUUCCUCAACCAUCCAUGGCUAGAGAGAGGCGCAAUAAGAAGAACAUCCCUCUUGAAGACUAUCAAACUACUUCUGAUGGAUUGAAAUACUAUGAUAUUCUUGAAGGAAAAGGUCCUGUAGCUGAGAAGGGCUCCACUGUACAGGUACAUUUUGACUGUGUAUAUCGUAAUAUUACUGCAGUUUCAAGUCGAGAAUCUAAACUGUUGGCUGGAAAUCGUAUCAUUUCACAGCCUUACGAGUUCCAGGUUGGAGCUCCUCCAGGGAAAGAGCGGAAACGUGAUUUUGUGGACAAUCCAAAUGGUUUAUUUUCUGCUCAAGCAGCACCAAAACCUCCAAAAGCAAUGUAUACAAUAACUGAAGGGAUGAAAGUUGGAGGAAAGAGGACUGUGAUCGUUCCUCCAGAAGCUGGAUAUGGUUCAAGGGGAAUGAAUGAGAUUCCGCCAGGGGCUACAUUCAACCUGAAUAUUGAACUACUGGAAGUAAAGUCACCAGAACGGAAGCAAUAGGCGCCUGGACUGUACCAUAUGUUUUACCCCCCCCUCUUCUUCAUUGUUGUAAAAGUUUUGUGUUCACUCAUAAACGCCAACUGCUAUGGACUCAAUAGCAGUUCCCACUUAACCUUCGCGUGAUUUGAACCACGACUCAUUGGUUAAAAGAGACGAUGCCUCGCCAACAGUGCCAGCUCCUCUCAUGAACAUAUCUCAUGAUGUUUUGCUUCCCCUUCAUGUUAACUGUUCAAUCUUUGUUAUGUAGAUGGCUUCCCCUUUUUUCAUGCUUCUUCAUUUGUAUGUAAAUUUUUACUUCUUUAACUUCC